ACUGUGUGGGUUAUAUACAUACAAAAAUGUCUCCUGUAGAGGUCGCACGAAGUGCCAGCGAGGAUGCCCGUUCCAUUUGUUUACAUGAAUAUGGCAGCGCUCCCGACAUUAAUAUCUAUGGGGAUCCUAAUUUUACAUUCCCCUACGUACCAACACAUUUACAUCUGAUGGUAUUUGAGUUGGUUAAGAACUCCUUGCGUGCUGUUCAAGAGCGGUUUAUGGACUCUGAAAAAAUUGCACCUCCUAUUCGAAUAAUUGUUGCUGAUGGGUUGGAGGAUGUUACCAUUAAGGUUUCUGAUGAAGGGGGUGGAAUACCAAGGAGUGGUCUCCCUAAAAUUUUUACUUAUCUCUACAGCACUGCCCAAAACCCCCUAGAUGAGCAGUUAGAUGAUCUUGGAACAGCUAAUGUGGCAACAAUGGCUGGCUAUGGAUAUGGGCUUCCAAUAAGCCGCCUGUAUGCUCGAUACUUUGGAGGGGACCUGCAAGUCAUCUCCAUGGAAGGAUACGGGACAGAUGCAUAUCUUCAUUUGUCUCGUUUGGGAGAUUCACAGGAACCCUUACCUUGAAUAUAUUGGUUGUGGAUUCGGCUUCAAGAUUCGGUGAAGUUAGUUAGAAUCCUCCUGUGGAAAUACUUGCUUGAACAGGGGAAAAUUGGCUCCAUAGUUAAAAAGGAAUUAAUUGUUGCCUUUUCCUUUUAUCGCCCAUUAAUUUUAGUACUUUUGUGUAUCUGCUUUGUCAGGUGUAAUAUAUGAUAAUACACUCGUUUCCAG